AAGAUGGCUGUGUCUCGCGGAGCCUCGUGCUGGUUUGGUUGAUUUCUAGCUCGCGCUCUCGUUCUGUAACAGAAGCCCCCCCCCAACCCCCGCGCUCUCUCUCCCUCCAACACACACACACACACACACACACUCACUUGUGUCGGUGAAAUUCAUUUUCCCCGGCUCUGUAUUUAUAUAUUUCCUUCUCUCACAAAACUUUCCCCUCUCUGUUUUUUAACUUUAAACGGAGUCGCGGUGGAUUACCGGAUUGCGGUCCGGGCAGAGGGCAAAGGGGGGAAUGAACCGGGACGACGGGUACGUUGUUAUAAAUAUAAUUGUAUUUAUAUUCAAUGGUUGUUCGGAGUUUGAUUGUGAGUGAGUCGCCGCGCUGAGAGAGAGAGGCAGAGAACGAGUGUGGGGGAGAGAGAGGGAUAUCAUGGCCGCUCAGGUCGCCAGCGUCGCCACUCUCAACACCAGCCCGCCAUCCGAACUCAAAAAGCCGGACCGGGACCCACAGGAGGAGUCGGUACCGGGCGAGAAACAGCAUGAAAAUAAGGAACCGGGACCCGACGGCGGAUCCCCUGGUCAGAAGGAGCUGCAGGACGGGAGCGACGCUGGCAAUGCUGCGGGAGGAGGGGAUUCUGACAUGAAGAACGGCAACGGGAAUCUGCCCCGGGUAAAUAAUAAUAGCAGUAAUCAGAAUGAUGCAGGCGGGCCCGAGGGGAAUAACCAUCCCGGGAUGGGACACCACCACCCGGGCCCCUUCCCUCCACCUCCUUACGGUUACAACCAGCACUACAGCCGGGCCCCUUUUCAUCAACAUGGCGGACAACAAAGCCCUGGCAUGGCAGCUGCAUCGGGGCCGGGCAUGAUGGACCCUUACCCCCCGAACUCGCACGAGCACGGCUACCCCAACCAUUACAACAGCUACAGCCCGUUCCCGAGCAGGACUUCUUAUCAGGGCCAGGGGUACGGGGCCAUGAAUUCCCCGCGCAGCAACCAGCCUCCGGCGGCUGGGGGGCAGCCAGGCAAGCAGCAGCCAGCAGGAGGAACCACAGCCAUGGCUGCCUCCUACAACAAUCAGAGGUAUAACAUGGGGAGCCAACAGCCGACGUCUACGCCAACUUUGAAUCAGCUCCUGACAUCGCCCAGCUCCACCCGGAGCUACCCGAACUACCCGCAGGGGGACUACAACAAUCAGGAAGGGGCCGGCAAGGGACCGGGAGACAUGGGCAGCAGUCAGUACGCCGGGGUCCAUCCGGGUUGGCAACAAAGGGCCCACCACCCGCCCCCCAUGAGCCCGGGCAACACCGGGCAGCCUGCGAGCAGAAACCAGCCUCCAAGCCCAAUGGACCAAGUAGGGAAGAUGCGCGGCCAGCCAUACGGAGGACCCAACCCCUACUCACAGCAGCAGCAAGGGCCUCCCACAGGGCCUGGGCCCCAGCAGGGAGGCUCAUACCCUGGCCAGGGCUAUGGACCUCCCGGACCUCAGAGAUAUCCCAUGGGGAUGCAGAGCAGAACACCUGGCGCUAUGGGUGGCAUGCAGUAUGGACAGCAGAUGUCAACCUAUGGGCAGCAGGGCCCAGGAGGCUACGGUCAACAGAGCCAGGCCUACUAUGGUCAGCACGGCCCCCCACCUCACCCUGGCCAGCAACAGGCCCCUUACCCAGGCCAACCACAGGGCACCUCUGGACCUCCUUACCCCCAGCAGGGCCACCCUUCACAGCCUCCUGGGCAACACGGGCAGCCAGGAGCCCCUUACCAACAAUCUCAAGGUCCCCACGGCCCUCCUCCAGGCCAGCCUCCCUAUACGCAGCCCUCGCAAUCUCAACCGGGACAACCCCCUUAUGUUCCUCAGCAGCAGCAGCAGCAGCAGCAGCAGCAGCAGCAGCAGCAGCAGCAGCAGCAGCAGCCGCCGCCGCCAUCUCAACAGCAGCAAGGUCCUGGUCCCCAAAGUCAGCAGGGCCCUCAGGGGCAGCCUGGCUACCCACAAGCCCCAGGAUCAGGGCAGCCGCCACCGCAGCAAACCCCACAGCAACAGCAAGGGCCUCCACAACAACAACAACCACAGACAGGAGGCCCGCCUCCUCAAGCCCAGCAACCGCCAGGUCAUGGCCAACAGGGGCAACCAUCACCUUAUUCUCAGACACCGCCACUGCAACAGCAGCAACAACAACAACAACAACAACAGCAGCAGCAGGCACAACAACAACAACAACAGCAGCAGGCACAACAACAACAACAACAACAACAACAACAGCAGCAGCAGCAGCAGCAGCAGCAGCAGCAGCAGUCGUCCUAUCAGAGGUUUCCUCCUCCUCCACAGGAACUCUCCCAGGAUUCCUUUAGCUCCCAGUCCAGCGCUCCUCCCUCCAACCAGCCCAUGGCUUCCGGCAAGAGCGAAGACGGCAUGCAGGCCCGGCCGUCCAGUCUGCCGGUGAGCCCCUCCGCCAUCUUCUUCCGACAACAAGACCUGUCGGGCUCCAUCGACGACCUGCCCACCGGUACAGAGGGGGCCCUGAGCCCAGGCGUCAGCACUUCGGGCGUGUCCAGCAGCCAGGGCGAGCAGAGCAACCCCGCCCAGUCGCCCUUCUCCCCACACACUUCGCCCCACCUGCCAGGCAUACGCGGGCCCUCGCCGUCGCCUGUGGGUUCGCCCGCCAGUGUCACCACUUCCCGCACCGGCCCCCUGUCCCCCGCUGCUGUGCCAGGUAAUCAGAUGCCUCCGAGGCCCCCAAGCGUUCAGUCGGACAGCAUCAUGCACUCUUCCAUGAACCAGUCAGCCAUGGGCCAGGACAGGGUGUACAUGCGUAACCCUCAGAUGCCUCCAUACGGGUCCCCUGGACAGCCUGGCUCCGCCUUAUCUCCACGCCAGUCUUCAGGAGGCCAGAUGCAUGCUGGGAUGGGACCCUACCCCCAGAACAAUUCUAUGGGGAACUACGGGCCUCAGGGGGCCCAGUAUGGCCCACAAGGUUACCCCAGGCAGCCCGGCUACACAGGGAUGCCCAACGCUAACUACCCCACUGGUCCCGGCAUGGGCGGCUCCAUGAACCCCAUCCCCGGUCAGGGCAGCGGGGCUCCUUAUGGAAACAUGCCACCCGGUAGGAUAGGCCCGGGCCAGAUGGGCACUCGGCCCUACGGUCCCGGCAUGGCCGCCAACAUGGCCGGCAUGCCGCCUCAGGUGGCGUCCGGGAUGUGUCCCCCUCCGGGCAUGAACCGGAAGGAUGGCGGCCCCGCCAUGCAUCACGGACCCACCAACUCCAUACACAACAGGCCACCAGGUUACCCAAACAUGUCCCAGGGCAUGAUGGGAACAGGCUCUCCGUACGGGCCCGGCAUGAACAGCAUGCACGGAAUGAUGAACCAGGCAGGGCCAGGGCCGUACCCAAUGGGAGCAAACAUGGCCAACAACACCCCUGGAAUGGCUCCCAGUUCAGAGUUUGGCAUGGACAAAAUGAACCCCACUCAGAAGAUAAACAACAAAGUGGAAGGGACUCCAAAGCCCGAGCCCAAAAAGGUAAAAAAGUCAAGCUCGUCCACCAUCACCAACGAAAAGAUUACUCGUCUGUACGAGCUCGGCCCCGAGCCGGAGAGGAAGAUGUGGGUGGACCGGUUCCUGGCCUUCGCCGAGGAGAAGGCCAUGGGCAUGAACAACCUCCCCGCCGUGGGACGCAAGCCCCUCGACCUCUUCAGACUCUACGUGUCCGUCAAAGAGAUCGGCGGCCUGACCCAGGUGAACAAGAACAAGAAGUGGCGGGAGCUGGCCACCAACCUGAACGUGGGCACGUCGAGCAGCGCGGCCAGUUCGCUCAAGAAGCAGUACAUCCAGUGUCUGUACGCCUUUGAGUGCAAGAUCGAGCGAGGCGAGGACCCGCCCCCGGACUUCUUCAACACGGACACCAAAAAGAACCAGGCGAAGGUCCAGCCUCCCAGCCCAGCUGGUUCUGGAUCCCUGCAGGGACCCCAAACUCCUCAGUCCACCAGUAGUUCGAUGGCAGAGGGCGGAGACCUGAAGCCCCCCACUCCAGCGUCCACUCCACACACACAAAUGCCUCCAAUGCCUGGCGUCAGGACAAGCGUCAAUCUGCAGGACCCUUUUGCCGAUGGUGGAGACCCAGCGUUUUCCCGAAGGAAUGCCAUGACUCCCAACUCUCAGGGCUACCAGCCUGGGAUGGCCGGCCCAGAGAUGAUGGGUCGGAUGGCUCCGUACGAGUCCAACAAGGACCCCUUCGGUGGCAUGAGGAAAGCUGGAGAGCAGUUCAUGCCACCAGGCCCCAACAGUGGGAUAGGAGAACAGUACAACAGAGCCCCUCCAGGCCCCAUGGGCAACAUGCAGAUGGGCCAGAGACAACAGUACCCCUACGGAUAUGACCGAAGACAGGAACCAGGCAUGGGCCCUGACGGGAGCAUGGGACCAGCAGCUCCUCAGCCCAACAUGAUGCCCUCAGGCGCCGACACAGGGAUGUACUCGCCCAGCCGCCCUCCACCACAGCAACGGCACGAGUCUUAUACCAACCAGUACCCUGGCCAAGGAGCGCCCCCUGGUGGCCCAUACCCAAACCAACAACCAGGAAUGUAUCCACAGCAGCAACCGAACUACAAGCGUCCUGUAGAUGGAGGGUAUGGACCUCCCGCCAAGCGCCAUGAGGGAGAAAUGUACAGCGUCCCCUACAGUGGUCAGCAGCAGCAGGGGCCACAGGCCUCGGGGCCCCAGGGCCAACAGGACAUUUAUAACCAGUAUAACGCGUACCCCGGAGGUGACCGCAGACCACCCGGCCCACAGGGCCAGUUCCCCUUCCCCUUUGGCCGUGAGCGAGGGCCAUCGUCUGCAGGCCCCAACUCGCAGUCUCCGAUGCCUCCCCAGAUGAUGGCAAGCGCCAUGCCUUCAGGUCCCGAUGGCCCCCAGGGCCCGAUGUGGCAGGGCCGCUCCGAGAUGGGCUAUCCGAACUAUCCCAACCGGCAAGGGCCUCCCGUACCAGGCCAGGGCCCUGGCUACCACGGCAUGAACCGCUCCGAGGAGAUGAUGACGCCUGACCAACGCAUGAACCACGAGGGCCAGUGGCCCGGCCACGUCAACCAGCGGCCGCCGCCGUUUGGCCCCGGCGGUUCUGGACCUCCCAUGACCAGACCGCUGCCAUCCACCUACCAGACCUCCCAGAACCACAUUCCUCAGGUGUCCAGUCCGGCACCCAUGCCCCGUCCCAUGGAGAGCAGGACGUCACCUAGCAAGUCCCCCUACAUGCAUCCGGGCAUUAAGGUGCAGAAAGCUGGACCUCCAGUACCCGCCUCCCACAUUGGCCAGGCCCCCGUGCAGCAGCCCAUGAUCAGGCGAGACGUGGCCUUCCCUCCAGGCUCCGUCGAGGCCUCCCAACCUCACCUCAAGCCCCGCCGGCGGCUCACUAUGAAAGACAUAGGCACUCCAGAGGCUUGGAGAGUGAUGAUGUCACUAAAGUCGGGCCUACUCGCUGAGAGCACCUGGGCCUUGGACACCAUCAACAUUCUGCUGUACGAUGACAACAGCAUUACCACUUUCAACUUGUGCCAGCUGCCUGGAUUCCUGGAGCUGGUGGUCGAGUACUUCAGGCGCUGCCUCAUCGAGAUCUUCGGCAUCUUGAAGGAGUACGAGGUCGGCGACCCGGGCCAGCGCACCCUCAUAGACCCCAAUGCCGCGGAGGACACCGAUGACGAAAUGCCAAUGCCAGAGGGCGAGGACAUGGACACGGACGAAGAGGACGAGGAGGACGAGGAGGCAGAGUUCUCGAAGGCCAAUCCCAUCACCUCCUCACCAGUCCAGGUGAAACAGGAGGAGGAGAGCUCCCAGAUAGACAAGUCUUCAGAUGACGAGGAAGAGGAGAAGGAAAGGGAGUCUUCUAUCAAGAAACCCAGUACCUCUACCUCAGGGUCCUCUCCGGACCCCAACCUCCACUCGGAGAAGCCCAGGCAGGCCAGCAAGUUUGACAAACUCCCCAUCAAGGUCGUGCGGAAGAAGAAUCCCUUCCUGCUGAGCCACUUAUCCAAGCUCGGGCAGCGACAGAGCUUUGACAGCGGCUUGAUACACUGGAGCAUCGGUGGGGGAGACACUACCGAACACAUCCAGACCCACUUCGAGAGUCGGAUGAACCUUCUCAAGCAGCGGAAGCGCUCGUCAACGGCGACCGAGAGCCGCAAGAAGGUGCGCGUGCUGGAGAUGGCGUCAGAAAACCCAGAGAAAUCCAAGUCCAACGGGGAGGAAAAGCCCCGGCAGCAGCCGACCCAGUCCUCUGACCCUCAGAGGUCUCUAGCGGAGAAGACCCCUCCACUUCCCAUUGGCGCACCGGUCACUGCCACCAUUGAUGAUGUGCUAUCUGCCCGCCCGGGGUCGGUCACAGAGGAGGUAGUCCGUGGCGGCGCGGAGGAGCAGAAGGAGAACGGCAAGUACCUGUUCAGCAUCAACCCCGACCUCCAGAGCCGCCGCAACAUCAAGAUCCUGGAGGACGAGCCGCACAGCAAGGACGAGACCCCGCUCAGCACUCUGUCGGACUGGCAGGACUCGCUAGCGCGACGUUGCAUCUGCAUUUCCAACAUCGUGCGCAGCCUCUCCUUUGUCCCGGGCAAUGACCAGGAGAUGUCCAAACACCCAGGCCUGCUGCUGCUGCUGGGCCGCAUGGUGCUGCUCCACCACAGGCACCCCGAGCGCAAACAGGCGCCCGUCACAUACGAGAAGGAGGAGGAGGAGGACGAAGGCGUGAGCUGCGAGAGGGACGAGUGGUGGUGGGACUGCCUCGAGGUGUUGAGGGAGAACUGUUUGGUCACGCUGGCAAACAUCUCAGGUCAGCUGGAUCUCUCGAUCUACCCCGAGAGCAUAUGUCUGCCGCUGCUGGACGGCCUGCUCCACUGGGCCGUCUGCCCCUCGGCGGAGGCCCUGGACCCCUUCCCCACACUGGGGCCCCACGGCUCGCUUUCCCCCCAGAGACUGGUUCUCGAGACCCUCAGCAAGCUCAGCAUCCAGGACAACAACGUCGACCUCAUCCUCGCAACGCCGCCGUUCAGCCGCCUGGAGAAGCUGUACGGCUCGCUGGUGCGCCUGGUCGGCGAGCGCAAGGUGGCGGUGUGCCGGGAAAUGGCGGUGGUCCUGUUGGCCAAUCUGGCCCAGGGCGACAGCCUGGCGGCGCGGGCCAUCGCCGUGCAGAAAGGCAGCGUGGGUAACCUGCUGGGCUUCCUGGAGGACAGCCUCGCUGCCACGCAGUACCAGCAGAGCCAGAGCUCCUUACUACAAAUGCAGGGCGCGCCGCAGUUUGAGCCCACCAGCGUGGACAUGAUGCGGCGGGCGGCCCGGGCCCUGCACGCCCUGGCCAAGGUGGAGGAGAACCACUCGGAGUUCACGUUGUACGAGUCGCGGCUACUGGACAUCUCCGUGUCCCCACUUAUGAACUCUCUGGUGUCCCAGGUGAUCUGUGACGUACUGUUUCUGAUCGGCCAGUCAUGACAGCCGUGGGGAGGUUUCAGCUCUGCCUCUUUCCGUUCCCCCCGCCCCUCUUUUGUUUUGUGCGUGUACGCGCGUGUGUAUGUCUGUUGAGUGUGAAUGAAAAGAGCAAAACUGUCCUUAUUUUUUUUUUGUUUUUGUUUUUUUAUUUAUGCAAAAUCACCUCGGAUUCCACUGUCUUUCUGCCCCUGCUUCUCACUAAAGGAAGGAAUAUCAUGAAGUAGUCGUGGAUUUUUAAAUGUCUGAUAAAUGGAAAGAUGCUGGCGAAAAAGAGCAGAUCGGGACCCAGGCUCGGAACAGUGAGUGCGCUGCCGUGCAAGAAUGGACUUGUUUUUUUUUUAUUGAAAAGGAAGAAGAAGAAAAACUCCAGGAAAAAAAAACAAAAAAAAGAAUAAACUGUAACCAAAGUUGCUGUCUCGUUUACAGUGAGUUUGGGGGAUACACGCGCCCGCCCUCCCCCUCUGGGGGGUCGGCAGGGGGAGGCGGGCGCCGACGGAAACAAUAUUAUGGUUCGUGUUGGGAGGCGACAGAGACUCGCGGACUGUGGUGUGGUGGUAUGAUUGCUGUAACUCUGGAUGCUCUAUACUCUAUCCCACAGGAACCACACUAUUGGCUGCGAACAGACAUCUGUCAUGGGAGGCCUGUGCAGUAGAUUGUAGGACUUUUUUCUGUACUGUACACCUUAAAAAAAACAACAACUGUAAACAUACUGUAAUAAUACUGUUUCACACUGAGAUACGCUGGCUUGGCAGCAAACUGUAGUUUUUAAAAACAGUUUUAGUUCAUGUCGAGAGAGAAAACGGCUUUCCCCCCAAAGUAUGGUGAACCUACAACACCCCGACCUCUUCUCUUUGUCCCUUGAUUGUAUGACUUGACCCUUAUAUUAAAAAGUCACCUCUUUAGGACUGGUCCGCAGUUCCAGACGCAGUCCGAGCUGCACUGUAUAUAUGAUGUUGUACAUUACACUUCUCUCUCUCUCUCUCUCUGUCUUUCUCGACUUCUGUUGCUCUUCACCAUUUUUAAAUCUUUGACGAUGAGAAGUUUCCCCCCCCCACCACCACCCUCCUGCAUCAAGUACGCCAUGUGAUUACUUGACGCCCGCCCGCCCUCUCCGCUCCUUCGGCGCCUCUCUCUGCUUGCAUCGCGCUCCGGGGGGGAGGGGGAGCAGCGGCUGUCCCCCCCCCCCCCCCCCCCCCCCCGCCACAAACACAAGUUCAACUUUCUGUUGGUCUCCAGUCUGGGUGUCGAGAAUUCUAAAUGGAACAUCACAUCUGCGGCUCCGCCUGAGCUCCGUCAUGAACGACAAACUAGACCCCGAUGAAGAAAAUCCAUUCACUUUUUAUUUUGUUUAUUUUUAUUUUUAUUAUUUUUUUUUUUCCAGUGAUGCGGAUUCUGCAUAUUUGUAUUUCAGAUGAUGUAGCUAAAACUUGAUGUAAAUUCCUCUUUUUUCUCUCCCCCCACCCCCUUUUUUUGGCUUAAUGAAUAUCAUUUAUUCAGUAUGAAAUCUUUAUACUAUAUGUUCCACGUGUUAAGAAUAAAUGUACAUUAAAUCUU